UUUGUCACGUGAUCGUGACAUCCUUAAACAUGGCGGCAAGCGGUGAACGUGCCGAGAGCUCUGUGAGGAAAAGACGUGUUGGCAGCAGGAGAACAGAGACAGAGACAGACUCCGCUGUUAGCGGUGGAGUAGAGGGAAAACACUCCAGCAGCGACGCGGAGAAAGAGAAGCCGCUUCUGUCCUUACAGCCCGGGACUUUCUGGCUCACUCGCAUUGUGCUGCUGCGCUCCGUCGCCUUUAUUUACUUUGUGGCCUUCAGUGUUGCUUACAACCAGAACAAGCAGCUGAUUGGUGAACAUGGCUUGAUGCCCUGUAAGAGCUACCUCAGAAGUGUCAAGCGCUAUGUUGGGGGGAAGAUCGGCAUGGCCGCCAUGGCGUACACCCCCUCCGUUCUCUGGUUCUUGGACUGGAGCGACAUGGACGCCAACUUGGACGGCAUCGCCCUGUUGGGGAUGGCGCUGUCAGGGUUUGUCCUGGUGAUGGGAAUGGCCAACAUGGUGAUCAUGCUCACACUGUGGGUGCUAUACCACUCCCUGGUCAACGUAGGACAGCUGUGGUACUCCUUUGGUUGGGAGAGUCAGCUGUUGGAGACGGGCUUCCUGGCUAUUUUCUUGUGUCCGGUGUGGACUCUGUCCCAGGUUCCCCGCCGGUGCCCCCCGUCUCUCAUCUGUAUCUGGACCUUCAGAUGGCUCAUUGUUCGCAUCAUGCUGGGGGCUGGUCUUAUAAAAAUCAGAGGAGACAAAUGCUGGAGAGACCUCACCUGCAUGGACUAUCACUAUGAGACGCAGCCAGUUCCCAAUCCCAUGUCAUACUACAUGCACCGCUCUCCGUGGUGGUUCCAUCGCUUUGAGACCUUGUCGAACCACUUUGUCGAGCUCAUUGUCCCGUUCUUCACUUUCCUCGGCAGGCGGAUGUGUAUGGUUAAUGGAGCAAUCCAGAUCCUUUUCCAGGUGGUUUUGAUAGUGAGCGGGAACCUUAGCUUUCUGAACUGGCUCACCAUCGUUCCCAGUUUGGCCUGCUUCGACGAUGCAUCGCUGGGCUUCUUGUUUCGCUCUGGGGCUGGAGCCAAGAAGGCAGUGCUGGAGAUACAGAGUGAGGAUGUAGCUGGACGCACCCCAGCACCUACCAAAGGUAUGUUGAUUCGUCGGGUGGUUAACAUUUCUUUGGGCAUUCUGAUUGGCUACCUGAGCAUCCCUGUGUUGAUGAACCUGCUGAGUUCCAGGCAGGUGAUGAACACAUCCUUUGACCCGCUGCGCAUUGUCAACACGUACGGAGCGUUUGGCAGCAUCACUAAAGAACGUACUGAGGUGAUUUUCCAGGGCACUCUGAGCCCAGAUCCCAAGGACCCUGAAGCAUUGUGGGAGGAGUACCAGUUCAUGUGCAAGCCGGGGGACGUGUACCGGCGGCCGUGCCUCCUCUCGCCGUAUCACUAUCGACUGGACUGGCUCAUGUGGUUCGCUGCCUUCCAGACCUACGAGCAGAGCGAGUGGGUGAUCCACAUAGCAGGACGCCUGCUGUCCAACGACAGCACAGUCCUCUCACUUCUCGACCACAACCCGUUCCAAGGCAGAGACCCACCCAGGUGGGUUCGGGGAGAACAUUUCAGGUACAGGUUCAGCCAGCCAGGCAGUGCCAGCGCAGCACAGGGCAAGUGGUGGCUGAGGAAACGCAUCGGAGCUUACUUCCCUCCUGUGAACCUGGAAGGACUCAGGGGCUACUUCCAAUCCAGGAACUGGCCCCAUCCGCAUAUACAGCAGAACAGAAAGUAAAGUCGUGAGCUCUGAAGCCACACAACUCACUGUGAAGAAAGGGUGGGAUUAGAUUUCAUGAAGAACUUUUUCAUUGAUAUCGAGCAUCCACACAUUUAUUCCCACAUGAUGUGAUGGUUUUUGUAAAGCUUUCAAUUAAAGGUGUGGAAUUGCCCGCCUUUGUAUAUCUGAAUGAGUGCAGUUUCUAUAUUAAAGGGAUCUACACAUAUGUAAUGA